UCUAUGUGACAAGCGUGGCAUUAAUCUGCUGUGCCAAUUUCCAAUCGCGCGCUAAAUUCGUUAUCGAGUAUUUUCAAUUAUUUUUAUUUUAUUUCAAUGAGAUUGAGUGACGAAAAACAGUUGGAUAAUACAGUAAUAAAAAAUGCGUCGGAGUCGCGGUAUCGCAUCGACUUUUAUCGCGUUCAUUACCAUCGCAUUCGUUGUUCUCGUUUCGAGAGAAACGACCGAACCCACGGAAGAUAACCGUGAUUAUUUGAACGUCGUUGAAAUUCAAACUGAGCCAGCAACAACGAGCAGAACGCAGACGCAAAGAUACGUGACUCCAUCCCUCGCUGAGCUCAGGGGUCGUGGAGACUUGCCAGCAACGAAUGACCACGUGCUGAUGUUGACGAGAGUCCCAGGCGCGGGUGCAGAACUGUUGGUACUUUUGUUGCAGCGUCUCCAGGGUUUCAACGCGUUCAAGCACAUCCGUCUGCCUCCCGGCGACGACGGGUUGCUUUCGACUUUGCAACAGGAGUUGCUGGUCGAGGAAAUAAUAAGUAUAAUACGCCAGGAAGCGAUCCCGCUGAGUUUCGACGGUGACUUGAGAUUCCUCAAUUUUUCGGCAUUCGCGCGUCAGGCACCGGCGUUUGUAUCCGUGGUACGUGACCCGAUGGAUCCGAAGCUUUUGCACGGGUACAAGAAAGGCGAAUUUUCGCGUGUUUACCGGGGAUCGAUAUCACAUUUUUGUGGACAGGAUUCUCGUUGUACAAAAAGGAAUAACAAAUGGGCAUUGAAACGUGCCAUGGACAACGUAUCACGAUGGUAUCGUGUCGUUGGAAUUCUCGAUCAUAUCGACCUUACCCUCGAGGCACUCAAACGGGAAUUUCCAUAUUUUUUCAACGGUGCGAUGCGAUUGUACAAAGAAAUCCGGCCAAAAGAAAAAUCAUCGAGGUAUCGGAGUUUGUCGAUAAAGCCAUCGGCGAGGAGGAGGCUCGAGGUGAUUUACAAAACUGAGAUUGAAUUUUACGAGUGGCUGAAAAUGCGACUCCUAAAUGGCACUUCCGACAAUGGAUGAUUACUAAACUGUGAAUACGAGAUUUCAAGACUAAAUCCUGUCGCGACAGAAUUUGACUGACAUCGAAAUCCCCACCAAAAAAUAGACUGGAUGAGAGCAAAACAUUGCUGGAUCAAAACGAAUUCGAGUGCAACGAAUCAUCCAAUUUUUUUACGGUGUUUCACGUCACAACAGAUUUACUCGAGUGACAAUACUUGAAACGAGGCCUUUGAACUUGAAAAAUGUGAGUGAA